UGUUGCAUUUCAAAAUGCUCGUUCCAAAAUGGCACAGCAGACUGAUUUGCUCAAAUCUACGGAGCACAUCAGGAAUGUCUGCUUCCUUGCUCAUGUGGACCAUGGCAAGACUACUCUGUCUGACAGUUUGAUAUCUAGCAUUGGCAUAAUAAGCGAGCGCAUGUCUGGUCGUUUGCGUUAUUUAGAUAAUCGUGACGAUGAGCAGCGCCGCAUGAUAACUAUUAAAUCUUCUAGCAUAUCAUUACUGUACUCUGCUAGUGACACUAGCAAUCGUACAGGGUGUAAUCGUUUAUUUAAUGACCAGCCGUGUAUUAUUAACCUUGUUGACUGUCCUGGUCAUGUUGACUUUUCCGUUGAGGUUGCUACCGCAGCCAGGCUUUGCGAUGGCGCAUUGUUGAUUGUGGAUGUUGUUGAGGGCAUAUGCCCUCAGACUAAGGCUGUUUUACGUCAAGCAUGGCGCGAGAGCGUGCGUACAGUGCUCGUGCUUAAUAAGAUGGACAAGUUGAUACUAGACCUCAGUAUGACACCAGAGGAGGCUUAUAACCGUUUACGUGAUUUAGUGGAUCAGGUCAACGCUCUUAUGUUUCAAUUGUACAACGAGUACCUCAAUCGUGACAGUGAUGACGACGUGGCUAAGGUGGACACUAGUGCUAAAAAGUGGUUUUUCUGUCCAUCUGAUGGCAACGUUGUAUGUUGCAGUGCUAUACACCGCUGGUGUGUGAAUUUGCGUGACUUCGCUCAGCAUAUCGUCCGUAAACUAAAUGUUCCCGAGACCAAGAGUGCUGGCAUAGUACAGGCUUUAUGGAGUGAUGUAUAUUACUGCCCGCGUUCAAAGUCUCUGAAGCCUAUAAAGUCUGGUGAGAAGCCUUUAUUUGUUCAGUUUGUUCUUGAGCAGAUAUGGCGUGUUUAUGAAUCCAUAUUGACUAGCUGGGACUCUGUAGAGGCUGCUAAAUGUGUGAAGUAUUCGGGUGCUACUUUAAGUCCUCGUCAAUCCCAGCUGUUGUCUAGGUCAGACACUCCUUCAUCAGAGGAGCGUGAGGAGUUGUUGACUACUGUUAUGAGUGCCUGGUUACCAAUUCCUGGCGGUAUCAUUCGUAUGAUUGUGGAGUGCCUUCAUGACCCUGUGAAGGCUGCUCAGAAGCGUCUUAAACGUAUAUGUCCCGGUAUACUAGAUUACCGUGCUUAUAAUGAAGUUGUGUCUUGUAGUGUCAAUGCUCCUACUGUAGUCCACGUGGCAAAGUUUUUGGGCUGUGACUUGAAUAUGAUGCGUUUAACAGGUGAUGUGUUACAUGGUGGCGAGCGUUCUGACGAGUUCGUUGCCUUUGCACGUAUAUUCAGCGGUUGCCUCAAAGUGGGUAGUCGUCUAUACAUCUGUGACACUGGAAGCGCAUCGGUUACUAUGAAGUACAGCGACAUCCUCACUGCUGAGGAGACUCGUAAAACCGUUUGCGUGGAGCGUAUUAUGAUAUGCAUGGGUGCUGACCUUCUAGAUAUCGAUGCCGGAUGGCCAGGUAACAUUGUUGCUAUAUACUUAUCUCAGCACGAUGGCGGUUCCACUGAUUUAUCACUUGGCACAAAUCCCAUGAUACGUAGUAACAACAUGGACCAUGUAAAGGAGGUGAUGGCCUGGAUCCUAUCACUGGGAGACCCUCAUAGACAGAAGAUGAAGCGUGUUCAUGAUGCCUACGACGAACGUCAAAGGUUUUCUCGUCAGGGUAACCUGUGCAGUGUGGAUCGUCAUCUUACAUUGAGUAGCGACCCAUCAUUCCCAGGAUUCCCUCCCUUGAACCUAGAGUUCAACAACCCUAUCAUCCGUGUAUCGGUUGAGCCUCAGAAUGUGAAGCACACUAACGAGUUUCUCAUGGGUCUCGCUUACUUGUACAUAUCAGAUCCCGCUAUUGAGUUGGAUGUUUUACGCUCUGGCGAGUAUGUUUUGGCAUGCUGUGGCGAGAUCCACCUGGAACGAUGUGUUAACGACUUGGCUAACCUUUACGCCAAGGUUCCCAUUAACGUGUCCAAGCCUCGUGUAUCUGUUCGCGAGGGUAUUAUUAAUCUGCAACACCUUGACAACGUUGGUGUUGCUUACGCCAAGGUAUUUAGCAAGAUGGUCAACUUCCCACCAUGGCAGAAUAAUGCUAAUGACGAUUCCGUUGUUACUGACCCUAGUUUCGAUAUGAAAUCACUGCAUCCUAUAAAAGGCAUACCUGGUGUCUACAUGACCUCUUCGGCUGCAAGGUGCGGUACUGAGUACGCUGUUACUGCUGCUGGUGAUGUGGUUAUUAUGGUCCGGGCCGUCCAAAUGCCUCCCGAGCUUCUAGAUUACAUGGAUCACAACAAUGACGAUAUUAAGCGUGCUAUCUACGAUGGCAUCGCGCAGACUAAUAGUGGCAGUGCCACUAGUGAAGAUCGUAUUACUGCUUUCCUCGAUAAAGUAGAGUCUGACAUAAUGUCAAUUUGGCGUACGAGUACGGGCCAGCGUGGUACCAAGGUUGACAUAGGUCGUCUUUGGGCUGUUAGUACCAAUCGCGGCAGUCGUGCUAUGUUGUUUUAUAAUGAUAAUAACGGUCUAUUGAUAUCGGAGACUGCAGCUUCAACUCCUACUCAUGGUGGUAACAAGCCUAGUAAGCCCUCCACUACCCUUCACUGGCGUUUUAGGGACAACUAUCAACCAGAGGACGUCAAUUCCUUGGAGUCCUCCAAGUUAAUUUCAGCGUUGAUAUCAGGAUUCGAGAUUGCUGCUCAAUCAGGUCCUUGCACUGAGGAGCCGCUUCGCGGCGUUAUUUUUGUCAUUGAGGGUGUCUAUCAUUAUGUAUACCCUUGCCACGAUCUGUAUAAAGACAAUCUAUACAUUCGUGCUUCUUGUGACCCUCGGGCUAGUAAGCUACCUGCUUCCAUAUGUGAAGAGAGUCAUAAUAUAGAUGACAUUGUAUUAGACUGUGUUCCUGAGGGCACGGAGCACAGCAGUUGUGACAUAUCUCCCCAGCCCUUGGCUGAGAGCUCUGACGACCACUCCAGUGCUCGUGGUACCAAGUGGUCCGUUACUGAACUUGAAGGCUUGGGUGUGGAACAUACAUCCAACGAGACCACAACGUUUGGCUCCAGCAUUGACGAGCAUCAGGAUAUUUCAUCGCAAUUUAGUGACGUUCUAACGUUGCAAUCAUCUCACCGAUCUGGCAGUGGUGCUUCCAGUACUGGCAACAUAAUAUCCACGAUGAGGUCAGUAUGCCGCAAGGCCCUGAUGCAGCGUGGUCGCCCUCGUAUAUACGAGGUAUUGCUUCGUCUAGAGAUCCAAUGUGACCAAUGUGUUCUCGGGAAGAUUUACAGUGUCCUUCAGAAGCGUCGCACCCAGAUAGUUUCCGAGAAUGUGCGCAACGGCACUAACACUUUCAUGAUCGAGGGUUUGAUCCCCGCUUCUGAGUCUUUUGGACUUGCUCAGGACUUGCGUUCAAAGGCUUCCGGUGGUGUUAUAUUCCACUUACAAUUUAGUCAUUGGGAGAUGAACCCAGAUGACCCUUUCCCCGAGGCCUCUAUGACCGAUGAGGAGUUUGAGGACGAGGGGUUCAACCUGGGUGCUAUGAUUCAGGCUAACAUCCCUCGUAAGAUUAUAAACUACAUUAGAAAGAUGAAGGGUCUCCCUACUGAGGAGAAGGUUGUUGUAUCUGCUGAGAAGCAGCGCACGCUUUCAACUAAGAAGUGAG